CUCUCUUUUUCUCUGCACUUGCAGGAGUGUGAGGUGGCUGUUCUUAUAUCACUUCCUCUUGCAGGAAAUCAGCUCUCUCUGUAAAUACGCCAGGCCGCUCCUUUUGUUAUUGUGCCCGGCUGCAGCAGUUGCGCCUUCUCCUUCAGGCCCGGAGGAAAGGGGGAGUCCCUGAGGGGCACAGGUGUCCUGGUGCGUGCGGGUCUUCACCCCCAACUCUGUUGUUGCUCAAGAAACACAGGCAAGGACGAUGGUCUGACUCACUUCCUGCCUGGAAUUUUUUGCCCGCCUGGCUGCAGGUAGCAACUGUCGUGAGGGCAGAUGGGGAAUGGGGGUGUGUAAAGGGGCUAGAAACUUUUUGUGCCGCUCCCAUAUCCUUAAAAGCACCUCGCAGACAGGUCCUCCAUCUGCAGCCUCGGAGUCCAUCUUGUUUAGUGGUUUUUUUGCUCCUGCCAUUUUUGCCUCAUCCCUCUUUCGUCCUCAGUGCAGCUGAUUCAGCCUUUAUUUUUGCAAAAUGCAUGUGCAAAGUGUUUCUUUCUCGUUCUCGCAGUGAGUCAGAAAAGUGGACCAGGCGAAGGCCUGGCUUGACACUUCUCUGGGACGCAUAAUAAACUUUGUGGCUGAGCAAAGGAAGUGGGUUUUUCACAUUGCACACCCAGCAGUGUCUUGAGUGCUGUGCCACACUGUGUGAAGCGCAUGUGUUCUCUUGAUGGUUCUGUGGUUUCUCUCACAUAAUUAAUUUGUUUAAUGGCUUGUUUUAUUUAAGGCAGGGUGUUGCUUUGCUUGUUUCUUUGCAGUAUUUCUAUACCGGCUUUCAGACAGACCUCGCAAAGCAGUUUACAUAAGAUUAUUACGACAAUAAGAAUUGAUUUAAAAAAGAAAAUAUACAAUAGAAUAUAAAAGGCAACUUGUUUGCUUAAGGGAAUAAAUAAAUGAACCCUGUGGCAGUUUGAGGAGAGGGGACAUUAUGGAAGUUAGAUGGUGACUAAUCCUCAAGCUUGCUUCCUUCCCAAAAUCGUGGUCUUUGAGGUUCAUUCAGCUGGUCCGUGGCAUGUCCAUGUUAAAUAUCCACCUAGAUUUUUAAUUGUAUUUGUAUGGCUUCCGUUGUUUCUCAUAUUGUAUUCUGUUGAAUUAUGGUUCGAACUCCGAAGAAUUGAGCUUGCAGUACAAUAAAAUACAACAUAAGAAAUGAAAGAAGCAAUAAAAAUGAAGUUUUAAAAUCGUACAGCAUCUAGCACAGUACAUUGCAAUUGCUACAACAGGCAGAAUAAUCAUUUAAGUGGUCCACCAAGACCCUCUAAAAUUUUCAAAAUUUCCUAUCUUAAUUUAAGGAAGGGUUUCCCAAACGUGGGUUUCCAGCUGUUUUCAGACUACACCUCAAGCUUGCAGGACCCAGUGGUCAGGGAUGAUGGGAAUUGUAGUCCAAAAACAGCUGAAGACCCAAGUUUGAGAAACCCUGAUUUAAGGUAUUUACUGCACCAUGCCACUGAAAUAGGCUCUCAGUUUCUAUGGUGUGAGGCCACUUCUGUAUGAGUCUCUCUCCUGUGUGUGUGUGUGUGUGUGUUUGUGUUUCUGCUGCCCUAGGGGGCAUAGAACUAUAGCAUUGCAGAUUUGGAAAGGGACCACGAGGAUCAUCUAUCUCAGGCUUCCUCAAACUUGGCCCUCCAGAUGUUUUUGGCCUACAGCUCCCAUCAUCCCUAGCUAGCAGGAUAAAUGAUCAGGGAUGUUGGGAAUUGUAGCCUAAAAACAUCUGGAGGGCUGAGUUUGAGGAAGCCUGAUCUAUCUAGUCCAGGGUUUCCCAAACUUGGGCCGCCAGCUAUUGUUGGACUACAACUCCCAUCAUCCCUAGCUAGCAGGAUCAUCAGGGAUGAUGGGAACUGUAGUCUAAAACAAACAAACAAACAGCUGUAGACCCAAGUUCGGCAAACCCUGAUCUAGUCCAUUUAGGUGCCGAAGCUGACUUCUAAAUUGCAAGUUGUACAUUUCCCUAUUAGGGGAACUACCCAGAGUGCUAACUACCCAGUGGGCAAUUAUUUUUACCCUUCCUUUGUGCCACCAAUAGGGGACAUCAGGGUAGUAAUCACUUAUUAGGAUUUUUUUAAUCUGUUCUGCAGAAAGAAGACAAAUAAUGCCUAUGGGAAAAUAGAUAGGCAAUGGCCUAGAGAUGGGUAUCUGGGGCUAAACCUCAAUAAUCCGUCUGGGAAACCUCAAUAAUCAGAUGCUGACCCUGAACACUUGGACCCCUUGACUCAGCUGCUGGGGACCUUAUCCCCACCCGCCCCCACAGGGGCAGAAUGGAGUUGGAGGAAGGAUACAAUGGGAACCCGGCACUGGGUGCCCGGAGUGGGUCAGCCAUGGCGAUCAUCGGAGCAGAAGACGAGGACUUCGAAAACGACAUCGAGCCAUUCCAGAACCCAGAUGCACAAAGCAGCAUGUUCCAGAGCCUGGACCUCUUAACACGGCAUCCGGCCUACUUGAUGGUUUUCCUGCAGCAUGUGGUACUUCAGUUCGACUCCAGCCCUGUGCUCUGUUACCUUCAUGUGGACCUCAUACUGAAUCGCCUCGGGCCCAAGGAGGCGAAGAAGCAGUUUGUGGAAUUCUGCCAUAUGUUCCUAGACAAAGCUGGGCUGCUGAGGGUUCCUGUUCCAUCCUCCGUACAGUUUGAGCUGGAUCGUAACCGACCCGAGCUUCUACCCGAUGACCAUCAGCGAAAGCACUUGCAGGACAUCCAGGCGUUCCAAGAACAGGAGAUUGCUCGGCAGCUGGAAGACUUCAGGGAAAAGAGGAAGAUGGGGAUGACCCCGGGGGAGUCUGAGCUCUUUGAGUUGGAAGGCUAUCGGACGAAGGACAAAGGCAUCCGCGAGGCCAAGGAGAAGCAGCUGGCCGAGUUGCUGAUGGUGAAGCUGGAGGAGAUGCACCCCACCAUUUCUGUCGACGAGGAGAAAAGUUCUGCCAUUUUCGCCGCCGUUGUGACAUAUAUGAAGUCCCUGGGGGUUAAGACGAAAGCUGCCGAUAACAAGAAGUCGAAAGCCAACUUCUUCCGCAAGAAGAUUUCGGGUACCAAGAAGGCCGAGGAAGCUCCCAAAUCAAAGAAGAGCUUCAGCAUUUUGGACCCAGCACGCUGGAACCGGGGAGACUCCCACUAUUCUGAUUACAGACAAUCCAAACCAGAGGGUGAAGCAGCUGAUAAGGCGCCGGCCUCGGACAGGAAAGGAAAGCUAUUGGAGGGAGGCCCAGGGCGGGGCAAGGGAAACUUUUCGGGGUCGGAUCCUGCGGGAGUGUCCGUCACUGUUCACCCCCCUCCUGGGGAGGGCAAUGACAGAGAGCAGGGUGAGAGACCGGGUGUUGACAGUCAGCUUCCAACGGAUGCCUCAGACUCCCCGGUUACAGAGCAGCCGUUGGCUGGGGAGCAGCCCCCAGCUGAAGAUGGCACAGAAAACGAAAGAAGGCGAAAAAGGCUGUCAGCAAAGCUGGGCCGCUCCGAGAGCCUGCGGGUAUACGAGCGGAAGCGGUCUCAGCGCGGCUCAGCCAAGGGCAAGCAGCCACGAUCGCGGAGCGACGUGGACGUCGAAGCCGCUGCCCGUGCCAAUGAGAUGGAGGAGAAACAGUCCCUAGAACAGGCUCGGCAGAAGCAGGGGAGUCGCAAUCUAGAGCCGGGAGGGGCUGGGGGAGGGGAGCCCCCGCCGUCCUUUCUGCAUCCCCAGUCUGAGGAGACUGAGCCGCGUGUUUCGGAACUGGAGCUUGACCCGCCAAACUGGCGGGAGCUCGUCCCCAACGACACCCUCCUCAGGCUGAAGAAAAGCGAAGUGAAGCGGCAAGAGGUCAUUAAUGAGCUGUUCAUCACCGAACACGCCCACCUGCGCAUGCUCCGGGUGCUGCUAGAGGUCUUCUACCAACCUCUGCUGGCCGAAGAGCACUUCAGGGAGAGCGAACUGGUCAACAUCUUCCCCAGCUUGGAGGACUUGAUCGAUGAACACAAGGUGUUUCUGGAGAGCUUGAAGAAGCUGAGGGAGGAAAACAAUUCCCUUGUUUCUGAAAUCGGGAGCACUCUGCUGGCUCGGUUUGAUGGUUCUGAAGGAAACUGGUUCCAGAAGAUCUCGGCCCGUUUCUGCAGCCGCCAGUCAUUUGCUCUGGAGCAGCUGAAAGCCAAGCAGAAGAAGGAGCCCCGUUUCAACCAGUUCAUCCAGGAGGCAGAAAGCCAGCCUCGUUGCCGGCGGUUGCAACUGAAGGACAUAAUCCCCAUCGAGAUGCAGAGGCUGACCAAGUACCCGCUCCUCCUUCACAGCAUUGCCAAAUGCACAGAGGAGGCCGAGGAACGGCAGAAAGUGCAGAGGGCAGCUGACUGCUGCCGGCAGAUCCUCAACCACGUUAAUCAGGAGGUGCGCAACAUGGAGAACUUUCUGAAACUGAAAGAUUAUCAGCGUCGCCUGGACCUCUCCAACCUGAAGCAAAGUACUGAUCCACUGCUUAGUGAAUUUAGGAACAUUGACAUCACCAGGAAAAACCUCGUGUAUGAGGGACCCCUGACUUGGCGUGUCACCAAGGAUAAAUCAGUAGAUGUCCACGUUCUCCUGCUGGACGACAUCUUGAUGCUUCUGCAGAAGCAGGAGGAGCGAUUGGUCCUCAAGUGCCACAGCCGCACCAUCACCCCAACCCCUGACGGGAAGCAGAUGCUGAGUCCCAUCAUCAGCCUCAAUUCGGCCAUGACGCGCGAAGUGGCCACAGAUAUCAAGGCUUUCUACGUGAUUUUCAGCUGGGAGGACGGAGCUCAGAUCUAUGAGCUGGUUGCGCAGACGGUGUCGGAAAGGAAGAACUGGUGCAGUAUGAUCAGCGAAACAGCCGGCUGUCUGAAGGUCCCCAUUAAACCACGGCUUUCAGUGCCAAACAGUCGGUCUUCACCACACAGCCCCAGCUUCGGCUACUCAGAGGGGUUGCUGGGCGGCGCGGAGAACGGCAGCUCCCACAAGGAGACCCUGCAUUCGGAGGCAGAGCGGGAGAAGGACGGGAUGCUGGAAGGGGCCGAGUUCGAGGGGCGCAGCCCUGUGAGCGGACCGAAGCUGGGCAAGGCAACGGAGGAGAUCUUGGACGACAUGCUGAACUUGCACAAGCACCAACCCGUAGGCCAGGGGGCCCUGUCAUCUGCCGCACAGGACAGAAUAUCAGCCCUGAGGAGGCUACUUCAAGUAUCGGAGGAAGGAGAGGUUGCCUUCCCAGCAGCAGAACCUGUGGACCGUCCACCAGAGAACGGGAACCCCCGCGAGGGAGAAGAGGAAGAGGAGUGGGAGACGGGUCAUGGGACGGAGGCAGACAGCAGCCGACGGCAUCCAGAUUCCCCUCCCUUCCUCUUGGCAGGAGGUCUCCCCAAUGGCCCCUUGGAGCCAGAGUGGGGCUCAGAGCACCUGGAUAGGGAAGGAUCCAGUUCCAUAAUUCUGACCCACCAACAAUCUGAUGGGGUGAAGCAUCACCUGCGGCUUUUAGAAGAUGCGAUCCAGGGUCUGAAGGAAAUUGAAGCGGAUUAUUGGCACCUGCAGCAGCUGAUAGGAAAACUCACGCCAUCUCAGCCGCCCAGUUUCACAUGAGGCGUGGCCAAGCCGAGAAGGCCUGUCUUUAACAGGGAGGAAAAGGGAUCUUUUUUGCCAACCGCUCUCUCCAGCCAGAUGUUCCUCCUCCUCCAACACCAGCAACCAAGUGCGGCCUACACUGCUUUUUGUAUAGAGGAUUUAUAAUGCAGGGAAAGAUUCCGGGGUUAUAAAUAUAUAUUAUAUAUACAUAUAUAUAUAUAUUCUACCUAGACCACGCUAUAGGGGGCCAUAUUUAGAGGCUGCGGAACUGCAUGUGAGUAAGGGGGUCAAACCCUUCCUGAGGGGUGGGGUUAGCUAUGUCGUCAGGCCAUAGAGCUUUUUCUUUAGCUAUGGGAGUAAUUUGUGGUGUCUGUCCCAAAGAGAGGCGAAUUAAAAAACUGGGUCCCUGUGGCAGCUGUCUAGUGGACCAAAGAUAAGGGUGGGGGGGGGGGGGGUGCAAGGCACUUGUAGGCUUCAGAGCUCCACAGACCUAUUCAGAACAUUAACUGCUGGAGACAUCAAACUUGACUUCCUUUCUGCCAAAAGUGACCAGCCAAAUAAUCUCAGGGAAGGUUUGCAAGGAGGGUAUGAUGAUAACAAUAUCUAGCCCCUCCUCAAAUUGUCAAUCAUCCUGGUGGUAUAAGCUUGCCUUACACAUGGACGUAACCCUCUAAAUAGGCAUUUGAUCCUUUUAAAAAGGAAGCGCUUGGCGGCAGCAAUCACCACGGUUUCAUGGGGAGGCAAAUCUUUAGCUCACUUAACUUGGUUUUCCUUGCCUUUACUCAUCUCCCUGUCCCCAGAAACGCCCCACUUUUCUAGAAUGAGUUUUUAUCCUAUUCCUGCCUCAUUUAUUCACAUCUGCAGUCCUGCCAAAGCUGUCUCCCUCCAUCCCUUGGCCCAAUGCUACCUUGCCAUUCCACACAGUGCUUUUGUUUUGGCACCAAUUCAGCUGACACACACACACACACACACACACACACACACACACACACACACAAAAGCACACAGCAGGAAAGCCUUGGGUUUUUAUGCAAACUGCAUCAGCUGCCCUGAAACUGGUUCUCUCCCCGACACAAACCAACCCACCUGCCUACCCCCAUCCCCAUCCCAGAAGACUGGUCUCUCCUUGCUGGGUGACCCUUCACAGCUGGCUCACAACCUAACGGAAGGCGGGCUACCCCAGCAGUGCCAUAACCACCUUCUGAAGAGAGGAGAAAAGGCAGAUAAAAUUAUGAGAUGAGCUUGAAGUUGUAAGUCUGAAGGCAGCGUUGUUCCAGCGGUGGAUCAAGGGAGACCCCUGGUGUUCCUUAGAAAUGCUUCUCAAGAAAUUCCCCCCAGAUUAGUAGUGGCAGGCAACCUCCCUGGAAAUGCCGCUUGAUCUUAACCUAGCCGGGUGCAGUUUCAUGUGAGCCUUCUAGCCUGCCCUCGUCCCAACUCAAGGGACACCCGGAAGACUUGGCCAGCAUGUGCAGAAACUCGAUUGCGGGGGGUGGAAAGUUUUGUUUUUUAAAAUGCAAGCUCCUGCUAGCAAAGCAAAAUCCCAACCAGCCUCCUCCACAAAGCUUCUUUCUCACCACAUCCCUGCUUUCUUUAGGAAUUCCUGAGAAAUCUUGGAGUUUGAGACCCAACAAUGUGUAUACCAAGGUUAAGCCUGAGCAGUUAGAUAACACUUGUGCACACAUUAUUUGGAAUCUGGGUUGCCUUUCACUUGGUGUUGCUGACCAGGUUAUUCCCAGCACCGUGUAGCACUAUAAAAGCUGCUUUUAGCCACAGGGUGCCACAGAUGUAGAAUACGAAAGCAAAACCACAAGGUCCUGGGUUGGGGUCUAAUCCGUUAUAAAUGUAAUUAAUGCACGGACACUUGGCUGCCCUCCUGUGAUAUGCUGUUCCAUGGAAGGGACAGCAGGUGGAGCCAUAUCAAGAAGUCAACCGGGGCCUCUUGGCUCUUCAAAGCGCUGGGGUUGUUGGCCUUUUGCAGUAUUUUGCAGGAAUUGAGUGUGGACUGGCAGGGGCAUUCCCAUUCCUCCUCCUGCCCCUGAUUCCCCUUUGACUGUGUAUGGAAGGGACUUGUCCUCGAAGCUGGUCUGUCGCAUGGAGCAAGAGGGCUCUGGACCUGUAGAGGGCUGCUGAGCACCCAGACUUGGGGCUGGCUGCUGCUUCUAGCAACUCUGCUCACCCUCCCCAGCCAAGACACCUAUUGUAGGACCCUUUGCCCAACUGGAGGGUUGCAAUGGGUCCUCGCUAGGCAACUGCGGUGUGUUUCCUUCCUCCGGUUGCAAGAAUUCCAUCUGCUAAAACUAGUUUGAGGGGGAUAAACACAAGUGGUGCUUUCACCGCAGAGGACAGGUGGCAGACCUAAGGGUUGAGGUGAGGGGGCAAAGUCAAGUGACACCUGCCGCCUGCCCCCCCCCCCCACUUGAUGUCCUCAGAGACUGACCUACACAGAUAUUGCACACGUUCCAGUUCUUCCAAGUGCCUUUUAUACUUUUUGUUCAUAAUGUGCUUGUAUGUUUAAGAAAACUCAAUAUUUUGCUGGGAUAUUAUAUAUAUAUAUAUAAGGGAGUAGUCUUAACUCCUCCAGCUGGGGCUAAAAGCGAAGAAGAACCCAGAGGUUUUUUUUUAUAUAGAGUGAUAUUAUAUAUAUUAGUCUUUAGGGGAUUUUUUUUUCUUAUUACUGUACAAAGAGCAUAUACCCAGUAUAUUCGGAGAAGAGUGUGGCCUUCUCGGCUUCCCAGUAUUAUGGAAUGUAUAAUAGCCCCUGCCAAAUCUGUUGCAGUCAGAUGAGGUGUUUUUUAAAGUCAUACUUAAAGAAAGAAAAUGAAAUAAAAAUCCUAAACUGCUCGGUGGGGGUGGGGGUGGGAUAACAUUCCCCAGGAUCUGCUUUCACGUCUUUUACCAUUGCUGUUUUGUACUUUCGUGAGACAUUCUCAAGAUCGUGCGCUAUGGAUUAGUUCCCCUGCUGCUGCGCCACACAGGCAAAAGUGCCGCACUUAUUUAUGUCUUUCCCCUGCUGUGUGGUGCCCUCCAGUUCAGACUCCCAGUUCCCAUCAACCCCAGCCAGAGAUGAUGGGAGCUAGAGUCCAGCAACAUCUGAAGGAUGCUGUGUUGGCCACCCCCCAGCCCUGCACUCCUGUCUUAACCCUUCUACCCCACCUAGGAAAGGUUAGGAAUGCAAGUUCUGCACUGUCCUGUCUGGGGCACAACUAUUUUAAAGAAAAUCUAAGGAAGAAGCAAGUUCUGCUUGACUUCCUAAACUUUUUAAAAAAGAAGCCUGAAUCAGGCAGCAUAGAAUCCCCUCUUCAAAAACAAACAAACCUAUGCUUAUGAGUGCAAUUCUCACAAUCUCUGCCAUUUUAACAUUCUGGAUUCUUGACCUAGUGUGCUGCCUCAGUCGCUAACUGGAUUUCAAGAGCAGUUUGAGUCUAUAGACUCGCACAAAUCGGAACUUGUGCCAUUGCUUGAUCCUCCCCCCCCCUUCCCCUGAAUCGUGUGAAUUAACCACGGGGUAGCUAAUCGGUGGUCAGCUGUCUUGAGAAUGCUCUCAACUUGAGCUCGGGGGUUGCUUUCCUUGAGUUCAAUUGAGGAUUGAGAUCUGUGUAGUUACCUCUGCCUGGCAAUGUUUUUGUAUGAGGUUUGCAGUGAAAAUACUAGCCAGAAGAAGAAGAGGAGGGUGGGGAGAUCAGGCGAGUUUCCACUCUGUAUAAGGAUGGGGUAGAAGGGAUCCUGGAUUCCACAUCCCUCCUGCUUAUCUUGAGCACAGGAGUCGUGGGCCCCUCGGUUCUCCUUCCCGCACCUUACGUAGAGGGAAAUCGGAGGCUUUUUGUAUGUUACAGGAGGGUUACAGGUACGUGUAGGAGAGGCGAGGAAGAGACUGAACCAAAGAUAACUUUUGUAAAAGAUGCCAAAUUAAAAAGCUAUAUUAAUCGCAGCGGCCUUUGUGGUUGGAA